AUGAAUAAUGAAAAUGAUAUAUUGGAAAUGCUUGACAGGAUCGAUGAAGAAGGGAUAUCUAUGUCAGAUGACUCAUAUAUUGACUUUGAUUAUGAAGCAUCUGAAAGAAGUGAUGGCAAUUCGAUAAUAACAGAUAGUGAUGUGGACCAUACGACUACUCCAUCCAAUUCCAGUGACAACAAUGUUUCUUUCGAUCAAAAUAUAAUUUUUAGACAAGUAAAUGAACCAGUAAGUGAUGUUAGUAUUCAAAGUUUUAGUAGUGAUGAUGAAUCUGAUGUAAGUGACUGGGAAGAAAACAAACUCGAUGAAAUUGAAGAUUUUAAUUUUGAUAAUAAUAGUGCAGGAAUAAAAAUUUAA